AUGAGCGACGACGCUCUACCAUUGCCGGCUAGCCUAUGGGACUCUCCGGAAGGGUCCGACGUUAUUCUUUCGUACGGUGACAAGAGACUACAUGCUCAUUGGGAUGUUGUGAAGAAGUGCUCUGGUUACUUUCGUGCAGCUUUUCGAAAAGAUUAUAAUGGUAGAUGUGUUUGGAAGGAAGGACAAAAAGAAAUAUUUACAUUUCCUCCAAACGAGGAUGCUGCUGCCAUUGAUAAAAUGCUGCGUUACAUCUACCGGCGCCGUGGAGGCUUGAUCAUACAUAAAGACUGCCCUCCAUUGUACUCGUAUGAGAUAGAUGACAUGCUCCUUCUUGUCAAAGAGCUGAUACUCGCCGACAAGUAUGAUGUUCCCUCACUUGUUGAAGAUCUUUUGGGACAUUUUAGUAAUUGGGUUAUGUUCUUCUUUGAUCACCAAUCGCAUACGAUUGUCUACCAGGUUAUUGCGACUCUCUACGACAAUGACCAUCCUGCACUACAGCCUCUGCGCGAGACUUUGGCAUUCAAAUUUGCGAGAAUUGCUAUAGCGGAAGAUUUUAUGCGGUCUAAGAUAUUCGUUGAAUUGAUGGAAGACGUUCCUCGGCUAGGUCUCGAAACAAUGCUGCUUGUUAAGAGGGGAUUGUUAAGGAAUGACUUGCAGCUGUCAUUCGACUAA